AUGGGAAAGCAUUUUGGUGAAUUAGCUAAAAUUAGAGGAUUGAUAACCUACAAGUUAUCACCUCAUGAACAACGUGCGUAUGCCGGAGCAAUCUCUAAUGGAAUUCCCAAUCUUUUCCGCAGAUUUCGUGAAAAUGUUUUCAGAGUAGCCCCACCUUUCAUCAUUGGAUAUUUAAUCUAUGAGGGUGUAGAAAGAGAACACCAUAGACUUGGUCGCAAGAAUCCUGCUGAUUUCGAAAAUGAUCAG